AUGUCUGUGAAUCCCACAGGGGAGUUCGCGCCCGGGGACGUCUUCCCGCUAUUUAUUCUGGCUCGAGGAUAUGCAAAUGAGUGUAGACCACUGAAGUUUGAUACGCUUGCAAUUCGAAUUUCAACGUCUGGAUUAGCCAUCGGAUCACGGGAAGAUACCGAGGAAUUCAUAACUGCAGGUGCGUGCGGAUAA